AUGUCCCGGCAGUCCACCAUCACCUUCCACUCCGGCAGCCGCAGGGGUUUCAGCACAGCCUCAGCCACCACGCCUACCGCUGGACGCUCCCGCUUCAGCUCUGUGUCCGUGGCCCGCUCCUCAGGAAACAGUGGGGGGCUGGGCAGGAUCAGUGGUAUUGGGUCUGGCUUUGGGAGCCGCAGCCUCUACAACCUAGGGGGGACCAGGCGGGUCUCCACUGGUGGAUGCGCUGGCAGUGGCUUCAGGGGUGGCUUUGGUGGCAGGGCUAGCGGUGGCUUUGGGGGCAGCAGUGGCUUUGCUUAUGGAGGUGGUAUCGGAGGGGGCUUUGGUGGCCCUGGCUUCUCUGUCUGUCCCUCUGGAGGCAUUCAGGAAGUUACUGUCAACCAGAGCCUCCUGACUCCCCUCAACCUGCAAAUCGACCCCACAAUCCAGCGGGUGCGGAAAGAAGAGCGGGAACAGAUCAAGACUCUGAACAACAAGUUUGCCUCCUUCAUCGACAAGGUACGCUUCCUGGAACAGCAGAACAAGGUCCUGGAGACCAAGUGGAAUCUCCUGCAGGAGCAGGGCUCCAGGACAGUCAGACAGAACCUGGAGCCUUUCUUCGAUGCGUAUGUCAAUGACCUCCGCCGGCAGCUGGAUGGCGUCACAGCUGAAAGAGGCAGACUGGAUGCUGAACUGAGGAACAUGCAGGAGGUUGUAGAAGACUUCAAAGUCAGGUAUGAAGACGAAAUUAACAAGCGUGCGGCUGCCGAGAAUGAGUUCGUGGGCCUGAAAAAGGACGUAGACAGCGCCUACAUGAACAAGGUGGAGCUGGAAGCGAAGGUUGACUCUCUGACUGACCAGAUCAACUUCUACCGGAUGAUCUAUGAGGCAGAGCUGUCUCAGAUGCAGAACCAGGUGAGUGACACCUCUGUGGUCCUCUCCAUGGACAACAACCGCAACCUAGACCUGGACAGCAUCAUCGCUGAGGUCAAGGCCCAGUACGAGGACAUUGCCAACCGAAGCCGGGCAGAGGCUGAAUCCUGGUACCAGACCAAGUACGAGGAGCUGCAGGUGACCGCAGGCCGGCAUGGUGAUGACCUCCGCAACACCAAACAAGAGAUUUCAGAGAUGAACCGGAUGAUCCAGAGGCUCAGAUCUGAGAUUGAUGCCGUCAAGAAGCAGUGCUCCAGCUUACAAACGGCUAUCUCUGAUGCUGAGCAGCGUGGAGAGCUAGCUCUCAAGGAUGCUCGGGCCAAGCUGAUGGAGCUUGAAGAUGCCCUACAGAAAGCCAAGCAGGACAUGGCCAGGCUGCUGCGAGAGUACCAGGAGCUCAUGAAUGUCAAGCUGGCCCUGGAUGUGGAGAUCGCCACCUACAGGAAGCUCCUGGAAGGCGAGGAGUGCAGGCUGAGUGGAGAGGGAGUUUCGCCAGUGAACAUCUCUGUGGUCACUUCUACGGUUUCCAGUGGCUAUGGUGGUGGCGCCAACAUUGGAGGUGGAAGCCUGGGUCUUGGUGGGAACAGUGGCUACACCUUCACGACCAAUGGUGGGCACAGCCUGGGCACAGGUCUGGGAGGCUCUGGCUUUACCACCAGUAGCAGCCGGGGACCAGUGGGCAGUGGCUCCAGCAUCAAGUUUGUCUCUAGCACAUCAUCCAGGAAGACCCAGUUCUUGAAAGGGAUAAAACUCGAGCGAUCCUCCUCGGUGACCAUCAAGUCUGGGGGCACGCGGAACUUCAGUGCCUCCUCGGCUAGCCUCCUUCCUGGAUGUCGGCCGGGUUUCAGCUCUGUCUCUGUGUCCCAGAGUGGGAAGAGCUUCGGAGGUGGCAUAGGGGGUGGUUUUGGAACAAGAAGCCUCCACAGCUUUGGGGGUAACAAGAGGAUCUCCAUUGGUGGGGGCUACCGCUCCAGCCGAGCCAGCUUUGGGGGCACUGCCUGUGGUCUGGGUGUCGGCGGCAUAGGAUACAGAGUUGGGGGAGCCUAUGGUGGGUAUGGAUUUGGAGGUGGGAUGGCCCCUGGAGCUGGAGGCAUCCAUGAAGUCACUGUCAACCAGAGUCUCCUUACACCCCUCCACUUGGAGAUUGAUCCAUCUCUCCAGCGGGUUCGAAAGGAGGAAAAGGAACAGAUCAAGACCCUCAACAACAAGUUCGCCUCCUUCAUAGAUAAGGUGCGGUUCCUGGAGCAGCAGAACAAAGUCUUAGAGACCAAAUGGAGCCUCCUCCAAGAGCACAAAACAACCAGGACCAAUCUAGAGCCUAUGUUCGAAGCCUACAUCACCAACCUGAGGCGCCAGCUGGAGUGCCUGGGAGGGGAGCGGGGAAGGCUGGAAACGGAGCUGAAGAGCAUGCAGGACGUGGUGGAGGACUUCAAGAACAAGUACGAAGAGGAAAUCCACAGACGCACAGCGGCAGAGAAUGAGUUUGUGGUACUCAAAAAAGACGUGGAUGCUGCCUACAUGAACAAGGUGGAGCUAGAGGCCAAGGUGGAAGCCCUGAUGGAUGAGAUCAACUUCCUGAGAGCUUUCUUUGAAGCGGAACUGGCUCAGCUUCAGGCUCAAAUCUCUGCGACCUCUGUGGUCCUGUCCAUGGACAACAACCGCAGCCUGAACCUGGACAGCAUCAUUGCCGAGGUCAAGGCCCAGUAUGAGGACAUUGCCAAUCGAAGCCGUGCAGAGGCUGAAUCCUGGUACCAGACCAAGUAUGAGGAGCUACAGCGGUCUGCUGGCCAACGUGGGGACGACCUCCGUACUACUAAGAUGGAGAUCUCUGAGCUGAACCGGGCCAUGCAGAGGCUGCGUUCUGAGAUUGACAACCUGAAGAAGCAGUGUGCCACACUCCAGGCUUCCAUUGCUGAUGCUGAGCAGCGCGGGGAGCUGGCCCUCAAAGAUGCCAAGAACAAGCUGGCCGAGCUGGAGGACGCCCUGCAGAAGGCCAAGCAGGACAUGGCCCGUCAGCUGCGCGAAUACCAGGAGCUCAUGAACGUCAAGCUGGCGCUGGACAUAGAGAUCGCUACCUACAGGAAGCUGCUGGAGGGCGAGGAGUGCAGGCUCACUGGAGAAGGUGUUGGUGCCGUGAACAUCUCUGUGGUCUCUUCCUCCGGGGGCACAGGCUACAGUGGAGGUGGUGGCCUGUGCGUGAGUGGCGGCGGCUACAGCGGAGGCGGCUACAGUGGGAGUGGCCUCUGCUAUGGGGGCGGAGGCAGCAGCGGAGGUUUUAGCUCCACCAGUGGUCGCAGUGUGAGCGGCAGUAGCUCAAGCAUGAGAAUUGUCUCCAAGACAUCAUCCACCAAGAAGAGUUACAGGAGCUAA